AUGCCGUCGUGCAGCGCGCCAAGGCCGCAGCUGCCACUUUCUGACGGCGACGCUCCCUGCCUGAGCGCCCCGCUGUACGAGCUGGUGGACUGCAUCCUGCAGCUGCGCAGCCGUGGCUGGGUGCGGCGCCAGGUGAUGGCCAUGGCGCGCCAGGUGCUGUCACUGGUGGCCGGCGGCGCCAUCGACGGCAUCCUGGCGCGCGCGGCCGCUCGGCUCACCACGCCCGCCAGCAUCGCGGGCGCCAUUGACCACCUGCGUGGCAGCCUGUGGCCGGGUGGGGUCUUUUACGCGCACACACCUGCUGCAAUAGCCGCAGCUGCGUUGCGGCGGCAAGCCGCGCAGGAAGCGUUGGCCCAGGCACAUCAGCGGGCAGGCCUGACGGGUGGGGCGGCCGGCGUUGGCCAUGGCGGCGGCGGCGACUUGGCACCUGUGGCUGGCACUCAGCAGGAACCGCCUCGGCUGGAGCCGUUGCAGCAGGCGCCGCCGCCCCUGCUGCAGGUGGCGGCGCCUCAGGGCCGGGUGCUCGCCCCUUGCCUGAGCGCGGAGCGCUACCUGGAGCCGGCCCCCCUCCUGCCCGAGGAGGCGCACCACGCCGAGGGUGUGCGGCGGCGGAUGCUGUCGCUGCCCGUGCCGGGGCCCCUGCUGGCGCUGCUGGGGCGCGGUGCCUGGUUCCGCUGCCUGCACGAGCUGUACGACCUGCUGCAGUGCCCCACUGCUGUCCUGCAGCUGGGGCACGCCGUGCUGGAGGCCGCCCUGCUGGCCCUCUUCCCGGAGCUGGAGGGCACGGUGCAGCAGCAGCGCGUGGCGGCGGCGAAAAGGGGGGCCGCGGCGCAGCGCUAA